AUGUUUGCCACUCUUACUGAUAUACACAUCUUCCAAGGUGGUUCUGAGUUUAUCUUCAUAUACGAUAAUGCUACACAUCAUCGUACGGUGGCUUUCACGGAACUGCUGGAGAAUGAAGAUAUUACACGCAUGGAUAGGCCGGUGAGGUUCCCGGAUUUUAAUCAGAUUGAACACGCGUGGGACACUCUAGGGAGACGUGUACGACGAUGGAGUUUACGUUAUCCUCAAUGCAGAGGCCGCAAUCAGUCUCCAAUUAAUAUACUAACUAGUAAAGUUAAAAAAGAUUUGUACCUUCCGAAACUACAGCUUUACAAUUACGACAGACCGGUGACGCAAUCAACAAUAAGAAAUUCUGGUUACACAGUGACAAUCCUUCCAACAGAUGGCAUACGACGUGGCAUUCGGGUCAAUGGAGACGUAUAUACUUUAAACGAUAUUCAUUUUCACUGGGGAGAUAGAAAAGACAAAGGUUCAGAACACAAAGUCAAUUAUAAGCAGUAUUCAAUGGAGAUACAUUUUGUCCAUUCAAAUAGAAGGGGUAGAUCUGCUGUGGUAGGUGUAUUUUAUGAGGAAGGGCAUGCAGACAAUCUUGGAUUAAUGCCAGUGACUAAUGUAUUGACACAAGUGCCCUACCUAGAUGAUUCAGUCGACAUCAAAGAUGAGAUUUACCUUGAUGACAUAAUAGACAAUAUGUGCUCUUUCUUUCGAUACAAUGGCUCCCUAACGACGCCAGGAUGCACAGAAAAUGUUAUUUGGACGAUUUGCAGCGACGUUCAUAAAAUUGGUCAUAACCAGAUAGCUGAAUUCAGGAAACUAUAUUCUGUAAGAUAUGAGGAUGCUAACAUUAGUCGAUGUACAAUAUCGAACAACUUCAGGCCUAUUCAGCCUUUAAACGGAAGGCUUGUUGUUUCAUCUACUUAUUUUGGAUCUUUCUGAUUUCUGUCAAAAACAUUGUAUUUAUAAAAGUAAAUCACAUAUUUUUUUGUGUUAUGCAUUUCCUAAAUAUAAACAGUAUUAAAUGAAUAUUUGAGAUGA